AUGGGAGGAUCCUUCUUGGGAAGUUCCAGGGGUGGUCAUGACACCAAGGCCAUUGUCGAUUCGUUGGAAAAGGAAGGAAUCAAUUUAUUGUUUGUGACGGGCGGAGAUGGAACAGUCCGAGGUGCCGCCCUAAUCGCAGAUGAAGUUCGAAAUCGUGGAUUGGAAAUCGCCGUCGCGGUCAUUCCCAAAACCAUUGACAAUGACAUUCCUCUCAUUGACCGAACCUUUGGAUUUGAAUCUGCCGUCAAUGCGGCCCGGCAGGCUAUUGAUGUGGCGGUCACCGAAGCCGAAGGAUUUCCGUACGGUCUGGGGUGCCACGGUCGAAGGGAGAUGAUUCAUCGUGCUGACAGCAGGGCAAAGGCGUGCUUUCUUUUCUUUGCUUUGCUUUUCUUUUCUUUUGGUGCACAAGCUUGGUGCAGCAGAAUACUUGUACAACGCAAUGAACCGCAAUAG